AUGGCGGUCAAGGUCUACGUCGUGUACUACUCCAUGUAUGGUCAUGUUGCUAAGCUAGCUGAUGAGAUCAAGAAAGGUGCUUCAUCUGUCGAAGGCGUGGAGGUUAAAGUGUGGCAGGUCCCUGAGAUCCUGAACGAGGAAGUCCUUGGCAAGAUGGGCGCCCCGCCCAAGACCGACGUGCCGGUGAUCUCCCCGCAGGAGCUGGCGGAGGCGGACGGCGUCCUGUUCGGGUUCCCGACGAGGUUCGGCAUGAUGGCGGCGCAGAUGAAGGCAUUCUUCGACGCGACGGGCGGGCUGUGGAGGGAGCAGAGCCUCGCGGGGGACGGGUCGCGGUGGCCGUCGGAGAUGGAGCUGGAGCACGCCUUCCACCAGGGCAAGUACUUCGCCGGCAUCGCCAAGAAGCUCAAGGGCUCCUCCGCCUGA